CUCCUCCUCCACACCAUGAAGGCCGUGCUGCUCCUCGUCGCGAUGCUGGCGCUCUGCGCGGCCGGCCUGCCCGACGGCCUGGCCAAGGGCCUUCCCGCCGAGGCCAGGCGGCCCUACCUGCCCGACGACUGCCCCAAGGAGUGCCACAUCAACAACAUCCAGCCCGUGUGCGCGGCCGAGUUCGUCUCCAAGUACUACGCGCGCCUCAAGACCUUCGCCACCUCUUGCGAGAUCCGCAAGUACAACUGCGCCAACGGAACACGCUACGUCUUCCUGUUCAAUGGCGGCUGCCCGCGCGAGGGCUAACUUCUUGAAUCGCGACAGACUGAAACCGAAAUAAAAAUGUCAGCAUAAACCUGAGUGUUGUGUCCCUGUCUUUCCAACCCCAUUCCGCCGGCUUUAAUUGCCGCCUUAUAUUUUCAAGAGCUUUGGGCUAUCUCUGCCGGAAACGGACACUCAUUCAAACCACGUCGGCUGGCUAUAAAGCCCGGUGCGCGGCGGUGCUGGAGUACAGUACUCCCCGUGCUUCACCAUGAAGGCCUGCAUCAUCUUCUUAGCUGUGUCUGCGUUUUUGGGAGCGGCGUACGGUGCGUCACUGGAGCCCCGCAAAAGCUGCCUUCAGUGCGACGAGGCGGGCCCGUGGCCGAUCUGCGGCAUCGAGUUCCGAAUCAAACGCAUCAGCGUCAAAACUUUUGCCACGCCCUGCGCAAUGGACCAGUACAACUGCGAGCACAACACCCACUUCAUCGAGCUUUUCGCCGGCGCCUGCGAGGGUCCGAACGUCAAUACUUAGGAGGACGACAUCGAGAUGGCCGCCUUGAUUUCUCAUUGAUGUAAAAUUGAAAUAAACGCCAACGAGUUUGUUUUACUACAA